AUGAAUAAAACUUACAAACGAGUCGGUGAAUAUAUAAUAGAAACUAGCAGUAAACUGGGAAGUGGCCAAUACGGUACAGUAUAUCGUGGAAGUUUAGACAGCUAUGUCGGAUCAGAUAACGUAAUUUAUGCAAUUAAAGAAACUCCGAUACCUUUUUGCAAUGGAGGGAUAGAAAAAACCAAAUUGGAUGCAGCAAUUCGUGAAAUAAAUAACUUAAGGUAAUUGAAUCACCCCUAUAUAGUAAAAUUUAUUGAUGCAAAAUAAACAGACAAGAACAUAUAUUUAAUAAUGGAAUAUUGUAAAGAUGGUGAUUUAGAAGGAUUAAUAAAGAAGAACCUUCCAAACGAAAAAGAAUGCCUUUAUUAUUUUUCCUAAUUAGUAAAGGGUGAUAGUGAAUAAGCCACAAUAACAGGGACACCCCUUUUUUCAUCCCCUUAAAUUCUCAGAGGAUAAUAAUAUACAAGUAAAAGUGAAAUAUGGAGUUUGGGAGUUACUUUAUAUUUUAUGCUAUUUUAUGACCCUUAAAACCCAAAUAAUUCUUAUCCUUGGUAUGCUACUACUUAAGUGAAUUUAACUUAAAAUAUCCUUAAUAAUCCCGAUUUGAGAUUUCAUAGUUAGAAAAAUCUAAGUUCUGCAUUAAAAGAUUUGCUAAGAAGAAUGCUUACCUUAGAUGAAUAAAAAAGAAUGAAUUGGGAUGAGCUUUUUUCUCAUGAGCUAGUUUAGAUUGAUUAAAAGUUGCCCAAAUCAUUAAAAAUAACAGACUAAUUGGAUAUUAAAAGUAUUUAAGCUUAAGAAAGUUGGAUAAACGAAGACAUGACAUAAAUAAUGGGAAAUAG